GUGCCGCUCCACAAGAUGUCGGCGCUGGGCGCGGUGGAGGCCGGGGCCGGGCCGGGGGGGGCCGCGGCCGCCCUGUUCCGCCCCGUGGGCGCCGAGGACGGCGAGCAGCGGCCGGCGGAGAUCGAGUCGCUGUGCAUGAAGUGCCACCGCAACGGCGUGACGCGGCUGCUGCUGACCCGGGUGCCGUUCUUCAGGGAGCUCAUCGUCAGCUCCUUCUCCUGCGGGGCCUGCGGCUGGGCCGACGCCGAGAUCCAGGCGGCCGGCAGCAUCCAGGAGCGCGGCGUGCGCUACGCCCUGGCCGUGGCCUCCCGGCAGGACAUGAACAGGGAGGUGGUGAAGACUGAGUGCGCCACGACCCGGAUUCCAGAGCUGGACUUCGAGAUCCCUGCCUUCUCCCAGAAGGGAGUUCUUACCACCAUUGAAGGCAUCAUUGACAGAGCUGUUGUGGGCCUGGAGCAGGACCAGCCUGUCCGCUGGGCAACAGACAAAGAGGUGGCACGUAAAAUAGAUGAGUUCAUCGGUAAAUUAAAGCAGCUAAAAGAAGUACAUUCCCCUUUCACAUUUAUCAUAGACGAUCCUUCAGGGAACAGCUUUGUGGAGAACCCCUAUGCACCACGGAAAGAUGAAGCUCUUGUGGUCACUCAUUACAAGAGGACUCCCCAGCAGGCUGCCAUGCUGGGGAUUGAGGGAGAGGAGUUGGAUGAGAAGCCGGCUGAUUCUGCAGAAGAUCUGAGGAACGAGGUACUGCAGUUCAACACCAACUGCCCCGAGUGCAAUGCUCCAGCUAACACUAACAUGAAGCUAGUGCAAAUCCCCCACUUCAAGGAAGUGAUCAUCAUGGCCACAAACUGUGACUCCUGUGGGCACAGGACAAAUGAGGUGAAGUCUGGAGGAGCGAUAGAACCCCAAGGCACCAGGAUUACCCUUCGGAUUACAGAUCCUUCAGACAUGACAAGAGACAUCCUAAAGUCGGAGACGUGCAGAGUGGAGAUUCCAGAGCUGGAGUUUGAGCUGGGAAUGGGAGCACUGGGAGGGAAAUUCACCACAUUGGAAGGGCUGCUGAAGGACAUCAAAGACCUGGUUGAGAGAAACCCCUUCACUCUCGGGGACAGCUCUACUCCAAGCAAAAAAGAAAAGCUGCAAGAAUUUGUUGGCAGGCUGCAGGAGAUAAUAGAAGGAAAGACAAAGGCUCACUUUGUUAUGGAUGAUCCAGCAGGCAACAGCUACCUUCAGAACGUGUACGCCCCGGAGGAGGACCCGGAGCUGAAGGUGGAGCGCUACGAGCGCACGUUUGAGCAGAACGAGGAGCUGGGCCUCAACGACAUGAGGACCGAGGGCUACGAGGCGGCGGCGGACCGAUAGCGACGGGGCCGAGCCACCCGCUGUCCUCCUCUUCCUCAGCAGCAGGACUUGCUCCGUCCCGGGGGCGUGCUGGAAGCGCCGCGAGGGCCGUGUUGGGGUGGUUUUGGGGGAUUUUGGGGUGUUUUGGGCUGUUCUGGGCUGUUCCAAUAAAGCGCCUGCAGCUCCCA